AGUCUCCUUUUUAGGAUGUUGCGGUGGCGGCGGCGGUGCUGCUGCUGCUGUUAUAUAACCAGAGCCUAAAUGACACCACACGCCCUUGGAGCGGAAAAAAAAGCCCCGUUGCAGUUCGGGUAGUUCCUCCACUACACCUCCUCGCCUCUCUCUAUCACCUCCUUUACAUCUUUAAAUCGAUGGCGCAUCCGUCUUUCUGUUUUUUUGUCCUCCUCUCCUCGGGUGGAAAUAGGAUACGCAGCGUGGGAGACGGGGAGCUAACGCUAGCUCGGGAAUGCCACUAGCCUCCUCCUCCUCCUGCUCCUCAAGCCCAGGGCUGCUUUUUGUUGACAUUUGCUCGGUUUCCUUAAUAAACCCGUCUUCAUUCUGACUGACUGCGGGUUAAACAUUCAUUGUAUGUCGCUCCUUCACCGAUUCCGCAGGAAAGUAAGCCAGUGAGCGCGCAUGGCUGAGUCACCGCUGAAGUGUCUGAAGGGUCGCGAGAGAGAGAGAGGGAGGUGGUGAAGGAGUGGAGGCUGAGGAAGCAGUAACGCAUCAUUAGACAGCAGAAGAGAAGGAGAAACAGUGAGGGAGAGAGAAAAAAAUAGAGUGGCAGGGUCAGGACGAGUGACCCCACAGCAAGAGGACGAGUGCUGGGCUCACCCCCUGACCCUUGAGUUCUGACCCUUGGAACUCAGAGUCAACAUGAAUGACCAGAACGUGGUGAAGGAAGGAUGGGUGCAGAAGAGAGGAGAGUACAUAAAGAACUGGAGGCCGCGUUACUUCCUCUUAAAGGCUGAUGGCUCCUUCAUCGGCUACAAAGAAAAGCCUCAGGAUGCAGACUUCGCCUACCCCCUCAAUAACUUCUCUGUGGCCAAGUGUCAGUUGAUGAAGACGGAGAGGCCGAAGCCCAACACCUUCAUCAUCAGAUGUUUGCAGUGGACCACUGUGAUCGAGCGCACCUUCCACGUGGACACACCCGAGGAAAGGGAUGAAUGGGUGGAGGCGAUCCAGAUGGUGGCGGACAAGCUAGCCAAACAGGAAGAGGAAGGAAUCCUGUGUAGCCCGACUUCCCAGAUCGAGAUUGUCAAUGAAGAGGAGAUGGACACCUCUAUCAGCCACCAUAAACGAAAGACAAUGAAUGACUUUGACUAUCUGAAGCUCCUGGGUAAAGGCACAUUCGGGAAGGUGAUUCUGGUCAAGGAGAAGGCCAGCGGAACUUAUUAUGCAAUGAAGAUUUUAAAGAAGGAGGUCAUUAUCGCCAAGGAUGAAGUGGCCCACACUCUGACUGAAAGUAGGGUAUUGAAAAACACUAGGCAUCCGUUUUUAACUUCUCUGAAGUACUCCUUUCAAACGAAGGAUCGUUUAUGUUUUGUAAUGGAGUAUGUCAAUGGGGGUGAACUGUUUUUUCAUUUGUCAAGAGAGCGUGUGUUUUCGGAAGACCGGACUCGCUUCUAUGGCGCUGAGAUCGUCUCUGCACUGGACUACUUGCACUCUGCUAAGAUUGUUUACCGUGACCUGAAGCUAGAGAACCUGAUGCUGGACAAAGACGGCCACAUUAAAAUCACCGAUUUCGGCCUGUGUAAGGAGGGCAUCACCGACGCCGCCACCAUGAAGACGUUUUGCGGAACCCCCGAGUAUCUGGCACCCGAGGUAUUGGAGGAUAAUGAUUACGGGAGAGCGGUGGACUGGUGGGGACUGGGCGUAGUCAUGUAUGAGAUGAUGUGUGGACGACUGCCCUUUUAUAAUCAGGACCAUGAGAAGCUGUUUGAGCUGAUUCUUAUGGAGGAAAUCAAAUUUCCCAGAACUCUCUCUGCUGAUGCCAAGUCUCUGCUUUCCAGCCUCCUCAUCAAAGACCCCAACAAGAGAUUGGGAGGAGGGCCAGAUGAUGCAAAGGAGAUUAUGAGACACAGCUUCUUCUCUACGUUGGACUGGCAGGACGUGUAUGAUAAAAAGUUGGUUCCCCCAUUCAAGCCCCAGGUAACGUCUGAGACAGACACCCGGUAUUUUGACGAGGAGUUCACAGCCCAAACCAUCACAAUCACCCCUCCUGAGAAGUUUGACGAGGACGGGAUGGACUCGGCCGAUAGUGAAAGGAGACCACAUUUCCCACAAUUCUCAUAUUCAGCCAGCGGGCGAGAGUGAGCUCAUUAAACUGCACCAGUGUUCAUCCCAGGCCAUUUAAGGAAAUUACGUAGCCAUGCUAGGAAAAAGUCUGCCCUGUUUUUUCCCCCUUUCUCUCUAAUUACUUAUUGACUUGGGGAAGCUGUUUUUGUUUUGUUAUUUUGUUUUUCUUUUUUUUUUCUUUUUCUUUUUUUUUGAUGUGGGACUUUAAAAUAAAAGGGGUUUUGCACAGUUGGGUUAGACUAAACUUAGUCAACCCACAAAAAAAAGUCUCAUACAUUUUUAGCAUUGUUGUUGUUUACAGAAGAUCACAAACAGUUUUUUUUUUUUUGUUGUUUUUUUUUUUGUGCAUUAAAUUAUAUCCAUCAGUAUUACCAUUGAUGUUGACGUAUUAGAUUUUUGUUAUUUUUCUUUUUGCGAUUGUUUGAAAGAGCCAUUCUGGGGAACAAAACCAAAAAUGUUGCCUUAUGUGUGCAGUUGUAAGUGUCAGACGAACUCUUGGAUGGACAGACAGACAGACAUGCAGGCGGACAAACAGACAGGGUUAACGGCAGUGUCGGUAGAUUGUCCCUCAAUAGGCUCAUAAACUCCUCCCCUUUAUCUGUUUCUGUAUAGCGCACAUCUUCCACCUCCUAACUACGAGCGUCACUCUCACACUGCGGAAUAAAUGCAUGAGAUAGAAAGACAAAUUGCUUGAAAGACACUAUUCUAGUUUUUUUUUGUUUGUUUGUUUGUUUGUUUUUCUUUUUUUCUUUUUUCUAUUCUUAAGAUUUCAUUUGCAGGCGGACAUCAGUACACAAAACUGCCAGUUACUGUAAACCUCACUCAGGCAACUCUGAGCACAACUACUAACAAACCACAGGGCAACUCCACCCAGAAAAAAGGUGAUGUAACUUUGGGACCACUAUAUGCACUCCGAUAUUUAUUUUUCUCUCAUUUUUUGGGUAGCAUUUCCCACACUAACGAAAAUCUUAAUAAGAGAAACCAUCUUCGAUGCAGUCAAUAUAUCUAUUACUUCUCAUUGUGAGAUUAUUGAAAGGCUAUUAUUACUUUUUAACUCCUUGAACUUCAAGGAUUGUUCUUGUUUAUAAUCUGAAAAUGUGAUGAUGGAGCUUAAUUAUGAAUAAAAAAAGGAAUAAUAAAGAGAAACGAAAUGUUUAACGUUUAAAGGGUUUAAUUACUCAUUUCUAGUCAUUUUAUCUGGUCACGUGAUCUUAUUCUAUUGGCAACCAUUGUUUUGUGAAACAAGUAACACAUUAUACACAGUAUAUUUAUAUAAUUUUAUAGAAUAUAUUAUCACUCCUUGAAACAAGUAAAAAUGUUGUUUUAGAGCAGAGGUCACAAACCCUGCUCCUGGAUAUUGACCCUCCUGGAAACUUUAGCUCCAAUCCUAAUCGACACCACCUGGUCCAUCUAAUCAUUGCCUUCAGAAGUCAUUGAUUAGCUGAAAGAGGUAUGUUAGGUUUGAGUUGGAGGUGAAAGCUACAAGAAGGUAGAUCUCCCAGAGGAGGGGAGGUGACCAUUUGGUUCAGAUCUUGUAAUAUUCUUACAGCAGUCUCACAAUGAGAAAUAUCAGAUGUGCUGAUUGGAUGCAAGAUGAUUCCCACUUGCCAACAUUUUUUUUUUUUUUGCAGUGAGUGGACACUAAGAACUACGAAUGAGGUCAGUUUUUGGCAGGCCAUCAUAUGGACAUGCAGUCGUAUGCAAAAGUUUGAAUGACCAGUUUUGUUGAUUUUGUAAGUGAAAAUAAGUGAACACAUCCUCCACAUAGAUCGAGAACACUCUUAAAUAUUAUAUUUUUGCUGCUGUUCUUAGUGCACAGUUUUUAUUUUUGGGGGUUUAAAAUAUGGGGGAGGAAUAGAUAUAAAAAAAAUAAAAUAUGAAAGGUGCCAUAACUUUUGCACAGGCCCACAAUAUGUUAAAUUCAUCAAAUAAACAGUAAUUGUCUGUGUUUACAUUGAGAUUUUUGCCAAUCCGAUUGAGUACAAUCUGAUUACAGAUUAAGAUUGAGGUUUAUCUGCACAUUCUACUCAACAAUCUGAUGGAAAUCUCUAUUUACAUUCACACUGCAAGUAAUCCGAUUCACAAUGACACACACGUAGAGAACUGCUUAGUGUAGACGUUACCAUAGCGAGCAUCACGUGAGUCCAGUCAGAGUAAGAUGAGCAGCAGUGAGCAGUGCUUGUGUUUUUAAUUGCUUUAAAAUGAUGUCGGACUCAGGAAA